AUGACAACCAUAGAUCUCUCAAGCAAUCAUUUUGAAGGUGUGAUUCCGAAAACACUAAAGGAUCUCAGCUCACUUUGGCUACUCAAUUUAUCCCAUAACAAUCUCAUAGGUCAUAUUCCAAUGGAACUAGGGCAAUUGAAUACGCUUGAAGCUUUAGAUCUCUCUUGGAAUUGGCUCACUGGAAAUAUUCUGCAGGAACUGACAAGAAUGAACUUUCUGGCCUUCUUAAACGUCUCUCAAAAUCAUCUUGUCGGACCAAUUCCUCACGGUCUACAGUUCAACACAUUCGAAAAUUAUUCGUAUGGCGGAAACCUUGAUUUAUGUGGUCUUCCUUUAUCAAAGCAAUGUGGAACGAGUGAUUCAUCACAUGUUCCUCAACCAUUGGAGUCCGCAGAAGAAGGCGAGUCAUAUUUUUUUAGUGGAUUUUCUUGGGAAUUAGUAGUAAUAGGCUACAGUUUUGGACUUGUCGUUGGAACUGUCAUGUGGAGCCUCAUGUUUAAAUAUCACCGAUUGCAUGCUCCUCGUCCAUUGGAGUCCGAAGAAGAAGAAGAAGAAGAGAGUCUAUGUUUUUCUUCUUCCUUUGAUCAUCAUCUUUGCUCUCCCACCGAAGCUUCUGCUUUGCUUCAGUUUAAGCAAUCUUUUGGAGUUGAUUACAACUACUCCAAAUGUUUUACUUCUUUCCCAAAAAGAAAGUCUUGGAAUGAGAGUAGGGAUUGCUGCAGUUGGGAUGGAGUCACUUGUGACUUAUUAAACGGUCAUGUUAUCGGGUUAGACCUUAGUUGUAGUCUGCUUAGUGGAAGUAUUCAUCCCAAUAGCACCCUCUUCCAACUUCAUCAUCUCCAGGCACUAAACCUUGCUUACAAUCACUUCAGCUAUUCUUCAAUCCCACAUAACAUUGGCCGAUUGACAAAUUUGGUUUCGCUUGAUCUUUCUUCUGAUUUUUAUGGACUACAACUUGAUGAGAGAACAUUUGAAACAAUGCUUCAAAACUUGACAAAUCUGGAAGUACUAUCUCUCUUUCUUGUCAACAUCUCAUCUCCGAUGCCUGUGAAUAUUUCUUCCUCUUUAAGGUACCUGGAUCUUCGUUAUACUAAUCUGCGAGGUGUUCUAACAGAGAGCUUUUUCCUUCUGCCAAACAGCUUGGAAACGCUCAAACUGAGUGGGAAUGAUCUUCUCAAAGGAGUUUUUCCAAAGAUCCACCGGAGCAACACUCUGUUAAUGGAGUUGGAUAUUUCAUACACAGGCAUCUCUGGUGAGCUGCCUCAUUCAAUUGGCACCUUUAGUUCAUUGAAAUACUUAAACCUCCAAGGAUGCCAAUUCUCUGGUUCCAUUCCUAAUUCCAUUGACAACCUAACCCAAAUUACGGAGUUGAUUUUAUCUUAUAAUCAUUUCACUGGACAUAUUCCUUCCACAAUCUCUAAAUUGAAGUACCUCACAAAUUUACAUCUUUCUGACAACUCCUUUUCAGGUGAAAUUCCUGAUGUUUUUUCUAAUCUCAAAGAGCUACGUUAUUUAGAUCUUUUUAAUAACAGCUUCAUCGGUCCAUUUCCUGCUUCAAUUUUAAGUUUGACACAUCUUGAAUACUUAGGAUUGUCGAGUAAUUCCCUAUCUGGCCCACUGCCUAGCAAAGCAAGCAUGCUUCAAAAGCUAUCCGAACUGCAUUUGUCUUACAACUCGCUGAAUGGUACCAUACCAUCUUGGGUGUUUAACCUCCCUUUGCUAUCUUCGUCGUGGCUCAAUCAUAAUCAAUUUAGUGGACUAGCCGAUGAGAUCAAAACAAACCCAACAUUAGAAUUCCUGUAUUUAAAUAAUAAUCAACUCAGCGGUUCUUUUCCUCAAUCACUUGUGAAUCUCACAAACCUUUCUACCCUUGACCUUUCAUCAAAUAACAUCACUAUUGAUGAGGGAAUGAAUAUCACCUUUCCUAGCCUUGAAAUUUUGCAGUUAUCAUCUUGUGAACUGAAGGAUUUUCCACACUUGUUGAGAAAUGUAAAGACACUUCAGGUCUUGGAUAUUUCUAACAAUAAGAUUUGUGGUCAAAUCCCUAACUGGUUUAGCGGCAUGAGGAUGGGACUCGUUGCAGCUAUUAAACCUUUCUCAUAAUUCAUUAACAGGCCACCUACCACAAUUUCAUUUCCAUAAUCUAGUGUCUCUUGAUCUGAAAUUUAACUCCCUUCAGGGUCCACUACCUUCAUCCAUUUGUAACAUGAGCAGACUUUUCUUAUUAGAUUUAUCACAUAACUACUUCAGUGACUCAGUUGCACAUUGCUUGGGAAGCAUGGCUAGUCUAACCGUGCUAGACUUGAGAAGGAACAAUUUCAUAGGGAAUCUUCCCCCAUUAUGUGCACAGGGCACUUCAUUGAGUACCAUUGUCGUAAAUGGUAAUCGAUUUGAAGGACCUGUACCUGUGUCGUUGCUCAAGUGUAAUGUUCUAGAAGUCCUUGAUGUGAGGAACAAUGCUAUAAAUGACACAUUUCCAGCUUGGCUCGGAACUCUUCAAGAGCUGCAGGUCCUUAUAUUAACGUCGAACAAGUUCCAUGGACCUAUAAGUACUUGUCAGACUAAGCUUUGCUUUCCCAACUUGCAAAUUUUUUAUCUUUCUCGUAAUGA